CAAAAUAUGUACUAAAAACAAAUUGUGUGCCUUCUUUGUGGAGAUCUGAAAAUACCAACUUAUUUAUUUCUCUCUAAAAGCUGGUUAAGUGAAUUCUAUCAUCCGCUCAUCAUUCAUAAAAAUCCUAUGACACAAUCGAAAAAAUACAACAAUCUGUAAAAACAUCGUAGAAAACAAAUUUUUCUCAAGAACCACCAAGAAUCGCUGGAGUCAGCAAUGGCCGAUAGUCGAGAACGGAUACGUGGGCCACCCCGUGACGGACGUGAAUUCCUGACAAGUCCCAGACAAGUGCUGCGUCGUUUGAUGUUACUCUCCGAAGGGCGGCAGUACAGGGAGGCGGCAGGAGUUGUAGGUAGACUUGGGCCAUCUGUCCUGCGUUCGGUAAUAGCAGAAUUGCCAAUCGACUUGCUUCUGGAGCACCUACCACACAGUGCAUAUUUACUAGAGUCAUUCUUUACAAGGUUAAUCACCAUCAAUCCCUCACCAAAGCCUGAUGUGCCAAUAGAAUCGGUUGCUUGGCAACUGGUACGUCUUUUCUCACAUCCCCACGAAUCGGGUGUGAGGCAACGUUGCGGGAAGCUCAUCCAAGCGAUAGCGCAGUAUGAACCAAAUUUGCGACAAACCCUACGGGAGCGGCGGAAGUCCUUUGAUAAUGCAGUUCAAGGUUUAGGUGUGCACGGCUUAACAACAGACUCCGCAGGACAGUUGAUAUCGCUGCAUGUCGCGCUUAAAACUGAGCUACAAAGACACGUUGACACCUACAAAAUGGCCAUACACAAGCUGGAAGAGCUUAGCAUGAUAACAGCGGUGCAAGAUCCUGCACACUCCUCGCAUCAGCGCCUACUAGCCAUCAACUAUGGUGACAUACAACAAAGACUCAUCGAGAACAAAACAUUGCUCACUAUGGUGGACAAGCCCGCGUUGAAGCAGUUAGCCUCUCUUGUGGAGAACCUCAGUCAGCGAGUGGAAAACGACAAAGAAGUCUUGAAGUGUGUGGGUCAGGUGAAACGUUUGGAUGGACAAGCAUGUAUAGAGAAAAGACCGGCAGCGGGGUUGUUAAUGAAUUUCGGGCGAGGUUGCGAAGCUGUUUUGCAACUGAUGGGUCCCGAAGGUGUGCCCACAAGUCCGGUGGAUGCGGAAAGUGCCAGCAGCCACUGCAGCGAUGGCUACCAUUCGGAUGAUUCUGCCAACGAUGACACCAGGUAA